CCAACACCUCCGAUACUCUCCAACGUCAGCUCUACUCCCCCCUCCACACUCUCUUUUAGCCAUUCCUACUGAGGCACCGUUGCCUCGCUGGUCAAGAUGGCCUCUCUGGGCGCUGCCUGCAGACUUUCCGCUCGCGUCGCCGGUCGCCAGUUGCGCAACAAUGUCGCGUCCAGAGGCUUCCGUUCCUCUGCUGCCGUCUCCGCUGCGCAAAACUUCCAGAUGCCGGCGCUUUCUCCCACCAUGACUGAGGGCAACAUUGCCAAAUGGGCUGUCAAAGAAGGCGAUUCUUUCUCUGCCGGCGAUGUUCUGCUGGAAAUCGAGACGGACAAGGCACAAAUGGAUGUUGAGGCGCAGGAUGACGGUAUCAUGGCCAAGAUCACGCAAGGCGAUGGCACCAAGGCGAUCAAGGUUGGCGAGCGCAUUGCCGUCAUUGCGGAGCCUGGCGACGACCUCUCUACCCUUGAGAUACCGGCCGAGGAGUCGGCACCGCAAAAGAAGGAGCAAUCCCCUUCCGAGGACAAGGCUGUCAAGUCCUCCGAGCCUGCACCGUCCAAGUCCAGUGGUUCUUCUGAGGCCGCUAAGUCAUCCAGCGGAACCGUCCCUGGCAAGGCCCAGAAGCAGACUUACCCUCUGUACCCGUCUAUCCUCUACGCCCUACGCGAGAACGGGCUUUCCAAGGAGGAUGCCGACAAGAUCCCCGCCACCGGUCCCAAUGGUCGUUUGCUGAAGGGCGAUGUUCUUGCCUACGCCGGCAAGCUGUCCGAGAAGUCUUAUGCCUCCGACCUUUCCAAGAAGCUCUCUAAGAUGAGCCACCUCGACCUCAGCAACAUCAAGGUUGUGGUUCCCAAGAAGGAGGCCCCCAAGGCUGCUGAUAAGGCGGCGGCUGCCCCUGAAGCUAUCCCUGAGCCUGACACUGAAAUCGCGCUUCCUAUCUCCUUUACCGCCGUUCUCCAGUGCCAGAAGCGCCUGCAAGAGACUUUAAGGGUCACCCUGCCCUUGUCCGAAUUUAUUGCGCGCGCCACCGAGCUUGCGAACGAGGAAUUGCCUCGCUCCAAGAACGCUAAGCCUACUGCUGACGAGCUGUUCAAUGCUGUGCUCGGUGUUCAGGCCCCCAAGACCUCGCGCGGCUCGUUUAUCCCGCAGAUCACGGCCCUACCCGCUACCCCUGCCUCUAGACCGGUCAAGACGCAGAAGCCAGACAUCUUCGACGUGCUGGCCGGCAAGUCCACCAAUGCCACCGCGAAGAAGCCCCUUUCUGGACCGGCAGGCGUCGCUUCGCCUAUCAAUGUGUUUAGCUUGAGCGUGAAGAAGGGAGAGGAGAAAAGGGCAACUGUUUUCCUGGAGAGAGUGAAGAGCGUUUUGGAGGCGGAACCAGGACAAUUGGUCCUGUAAAGGGGUUUGUAAUGAAGAACAUUGAGCCGAUUGUAGAUUAGCAGAAGCGGCGUGUUUUGAUCUGAAAAUAUUGAAUACCCUCUCAAUUCGACUCAAAGUAACGCCUCUCAACGUCAAGAGAGGUUCACCGUUCAGCGAGAUAGGGAAGUAGAUAAGCAGUCCCUAUGAAUUACUCCUUGUCUAGUG